UAUGUAGUCCCCCAGAUAAAAUAGUUAUUAUUUUAUUUCAGAUGUAUAAACAUGAACAUCAAAAGGAAAUGUUAACUCCAGCAGUAGCACAAAUGCUGUCGAUAAUGCUGUAUCACAAAAGAUUCUUUCCUUAUUAUGUUAGCAAUAUACUUGCUGGAUUAGAUGAGAAUGGGAAAGGUUGUUUAUAUAGUUAUGAUCCAAUUGGACAUUGCGAGAAAACUACAUAUAGAGCUGGUGGUUCAGCCGGUGCACUUUUGCAACCACUUCUUGAUAAUCAG